AACCGUCAGAUUUAGGGCAACUAGGUAUUUUAUCUCGUCCUCCACCAUCGAGCACAAUUCUCUGCAGCAGGCUCAACACCCAGACCGGCGAAGAAGGGAGGAAGAAUCAUGGUUCAGCGUCUUACAUACCGCAAGCGCCAUAGCUAUGCUACCAAGUCUAACCAGCACCGUGUCGUCAAAACCCCUGGCGGGAAGCUUGUGUAUCAGACUACCAAGAAAAGAGCUAGUGGACCCAAAUGUCCGGUUACCGGCAAAAGGAUUCAGGGGAUUCCUCACUUGAGGCCAGCUGAAUAUAAGAGGUCUAGACUAGCUAGGAACCGCAGGACCGUGAAUCGUGCAUACGGUGGUGUUUUAUCUGGCAGUGCUGUGAGGGAGAGGAUCAUCCGGGCCUUUUUGGUGGAAGAGCAGAAGAUUGUCAAGAAGGUAUUGAAGAUUCAGAAGGCUAAGGAAAAACUGGCAUCAAAGAGCUAAAUUGAUUGUGUUGGUGGUUUUUUUUUUUUAGAAAAUCGAUGAAAUUUUGACUGUUUUUUGUGAUGUGAUGCUGAAUUUUAGCGAUUACUAUUUAUUUAAAGUUUGUUUUUGGAAGAACGAUGUAGAAGAUGUCAAAGUAUUGACUGUUUUUAGCA